AUGCAUACGGUUCUGGAUGCUGUGGCUGUGGACAUGGGCGGCUCGCUCUCCAAGCUGGCGUUCUUUGAGCCAGACUCGGGCUGGCUGGGAGAGACCAUCCGUGCCUGGCGCCGCCACCCGUCGUAUGCCUUUGCCGUCAAGGAGCCCUCGCUGUCUCUACGGACAAAGUCGGGCGUUCUGAGGUUCUCUCGCUUCGAGACCGCAGACGCAGAGGCUCUGGCAACGUCUCUCGCACUGCUUGCCGAUCUCGCUGCCGAGCAUCCUGACGCCGGCGAGAUCGGCGACCGGCUGGCCGUGACCGGCGGCGGCGCGUUCAAGCACCGCCACACGCUCGAGGCCGCCUUUGCUUCCUCAGCCGCGGGAUCGGUCUCUCUCGAGCCGUCUGACGAAAUGGCUGCGCUUGCCGCUGGCUUCCGCUUCCUUAUGGCCAACCACGGGCCGGCUGCGCAAUCUUACUGGUACACUGUGGACAAGGACUCGAUGACACUCUCGGCCCGCAAGCCCCUUGACGCCGCGUCAGCCUCGCUUGACGCCGUCCUUGUCAACAUUGGCUCUGGUGUUUCGGUCCUGCAUCUCGAUGGCGGGCCGACCGGGGUCGCUCGCAGGAUAUCGGGCUCCUCCAUCGGCGGCGCCACCUUUUGGGGCCUCUGUCGGCUCCUCACAAAGUAUGCCACCUUUGACGAGGCCAUCGCCGGCGCCUCGGCCGGCUCGCGCGACACCGUCGCCAUGCUUGUCUCGGACAUUUACGGCUCGGGCUACAAUGCUGUUGGUCUCGACGGCUCCAUCGUCGCCUCGGACUUUGGCAAGAUCUCCACCAUGGCGCACAACCCACGCGAGCCAGGCGUGCUCCGCGAUGCCGACCUCGCCCGUGCCACCCUCGUCCUCGUCCUCAACAACAUCGCCCAGAUCUCCACCCUUGUUGCAGACAAGAUUGCAUCGUCACAGGACCGUGGCGAGCCGCAGCUCGCCAAUGUCUUCUUUAUGGGCGGCAUGCUCCGCCCGGGCGUCAUGGAAGACAUUCUCGUCACAGGCCUCGACUUUUGGUCCGGCGGCUCGCUCCGCGCCGCCUUCUCGCACCACCAAAACUACCUCGGUGCCCUUGGCGCCCUUGUCGGCAACAAGCGCUCGCUCGAGCCGUCAUCGCUCGUUGCUACCCACGUCGACGGCACUCUUGUCACAGCUCCUGACGAUGGCGUCGGUCCCUGAAGCUUGCACCUGUCACCCAAGCCCGCCCGCCGCGCUCUGCGCCCCGAGCCGCGGCGGCAUUUUGGCCGGCCCAGACUUGGCCCGUGACGACCGCCGCGCAAAGAGCUCGGUUGUGAUGACAAAGCCGAGCCGUGAGAGCGCCUCCGACGCCAACAGCAGCUGCUCCGACGAGAGCCGCUCCAGCUGGAGCGAAUCAUGCCGCAGCGACGCCAUAAACCGCACAUUGUCGCCC